CUUUGCACUCUCUGAGGAACCGCCAGCACGGCGUCAGUCAACUUUUGUUAAAUCACCUCUCGGAACACGGCUCCGACUCUAGAUUGUCCGAACGGAACAGCCUUCCUUAAUUACGGGCGUCAUCUUGUCUGUACUUGCUGACCCUCCGAUAUCGCCGUUUUUGAGCCCCCAGUCGCUACAAAUAUUCAUAUAUUCCUCAGUCCAUUACCUUUUAUCCCUCCUGCUAUUAAAGCUUUUCAGGUGCAAGUAUAUCGAAGUCAUAAAGUGGUGAUUCACGACGGCUGCACCUAUUCCCAAAAUGCAUCUUCUGUCCGAGCCCACCGUCGCCCAGCUGCUACGGCAGCUGACCCAGGAACAAUGCCACGACUUUCUUGACGCCCUGUCCGAGGCACUUGUUACAGUAUCAUCCCAGGCUCGAUCGGCAGCGUCAGAAAGAACGAUUCAUCAGCCACUACGCACUACUAUCACCACCAAAGACCAGAACCUGUCGCUCUUCAUGCCGGUUUCAAACACCGUCAGCACGGGGUUCAAAGUAGUGACCGCAUCGCAAGCGAACGGAAUCAUCGGUGUCAUCAACAUCUUCUCGCCGGAAGGCAAACUGCUCGGCCUGCUCAGCGCCGCGGAGAUCACCGCAUUCCGCACGGCGCUUGCGAUCAUGACACUGUUCAUCCGGUGUUCCUCCUUGAAGAAAGAGAACGUCGUGAUCUUCGGUUCCGGCAGACAAGCCGAAUGGCAUGCGCGCCUGGCUCUGAUCUUGGUUCCGAGCCAGAUCCGAAGGAUUGUAUUUAUCAACCGCGGUCGCAAGAGGCUCGACGAGAUGAGCGACAUGAUCUCCGAACUGAAAUCCGCCUAUCCAGACGUGGCCAUCGAGACGCUAGCAAAGGAAGACACUCCAGACUAUACGGAGCGAUUGCGUUCGGAAUUAGCGGCAAGCGACGUGAUCUUGAGCUGUACUCCUGCGACGGAACCAAAUUUCCCACACUCCUAUCUCCACCGGUUUAAGCCCCGGUUCAUCUCUCUGAUCGGCUCCUACAAACCUCACAUGCAAGAGAUCGAUACGGAGACCGUUCUUUCCGGGGGAGGUCGGGUAUAUGUGGAUUCCAAAGAGGCUUGCUUGGAGGAGUCGGGCGAGCUCAUUCGGGCGCAAAUCCAAGAAAGUCAACUGAUCGAACUAGGCGACUUGUAUGAGAAACAGGGGAAAUCAGACCCAGUUGUGGUUCCUGAUGGGUGUAAUGUAGUCAUCAAAUGCGUGGGGAUGGGGAUCAUGGAUCUGAUUAUUGGCAAGAAGUUGUUGGACGUUGGCAGAACUAGUCCCGGCAACCGUUCAUCCCCCGUCGGUCCGGUUACUACCCUGACCUUUCCGCCGUCGUCCUACAAUGCUCCUGUUUCUUCGUCGUCCUCCUUGAUCACGACCGCCAUGGACGAUGGGCCAACAACUCCGGCUGGUCUCGGCCAGCAGAAACGACCCCGCGUUGCGGAGGAGAACCGCAAGCGUGCGGUUCGAGCGUGCGACGGCUGUCGUCGCGUGAAGGAGAAAUGCGAGGGUGGCGUGCCCUGUCGGCGAUGUCUGCGCUACCGGCGGCAAUGCGUCUUCACCCACCCCGACCAUGCGGAGAAGAUCGCGCGAUCGUCCUCGAUAUCUCUUCUGGAACGAACGGCAGGGGUUAGUCGCAACAAUCUGGCGGACUCGGAACGAAUCCGGUACAUGGAACAAAUCCUGCAACAUUACAUUCCCAAUAUCUCUUUUGACCUACAAUCGCUGCGAAAGACCGCCGAAGAAUUGAAGCACAAACAUCGAGGGUCGGACUCGGAUGGAGGCCCCUCCAUUCGUCUAGAUGAGGAAGACUUCGAGGACCUAGCCAUUGACGAUGAAGAUUUUACCAUCAAGGCGCUGCCGGAUAAUACGACCCAAUACUCCGGGGAAUUUUCCUACUUGAACUUCUCCAUGAAGAUUAGACAGAAGAUUGAUGAAUGGAUGAAAACAGCAGCCCCAGAAGCCACUACUGAAACAGAGUUAUUCGAGGAGCGAUGGCGAGCGACGCAGCUUCAGUCAGGGUCGUCGCUCGUAUCCGCAUCUAUCACCUGUCUUCCGCCACGCUUCGUGGCUGAUUUUCUAGUGCAGAUAUUCUUCAAAUAUGCGCAGACCAAUAACUUCUAUGUCGAAGAAGACUGGCUGCGGGACAAAUUAAAUAUAUGCUAUACCAACCCGUCGAGCCUUUCAUCGAAUGAUGCGGGCUCCGUGUGCUCUCUGCUGAUGGUCCUGGCCGUCGGCACCCAGUUUGCGCAUAUGGAGUCGGCUACCCCGGUUAAUCGCAUGUCGUCGGACAUGGCGAUAAUGGAAGACCACCACUUCUCGGAAGAUGAGGUUGGUCUGACCUUCUAUCAGUUUGCGUCUAAACUACUCCCGGAUAUCAUUGCCACCGCUUCGAUCCGGAGUGUGCAGGCGUGCCUGCUUAUUGGAACAUAUUUGUUGCCGCUCGAUACAUCGGGCCUAUGCUACACAUACUUCGGCCUGGCUCUCAAAAUGGCUAUUCAAAACGGCAUGCACCGGAAAUAUCUGGGAGAGGGCCUUUCCCCUCGAACGAUUGAGGUGCGCAAUCGAGUUUUCUGGACAGCAUACACGAUUGAAAAGAGAGUUAGCAUUCUUCACGGGAGGCCGGUGUCUUUGUCCGACUCUGACGUAGAUGCUGCUAUGCCUGUCGAUUUUCCCGCUUUGAAGCCCCCCAGCCAGGUUUCCAAUCAUACCAAUAUGAUAACACUGAUUACGCUGACUCUUAAGCUGGGAGAAGUUGCCAAUGAAAUCUCCGUCUUGCGAAAGUCCAGUAAAGGCCAGCAGCAAGACUGCCUUGAGAGAAUGUUGACUAUAAGAAAGAACCUAGUCGACUGGUGGUCUACAUUGCCCGAAGAGACUGACUGUCGGGAUCUCAAUCCUGCCGGCCCCUUGUUCCGGUCAAACUUGCAUUUGAAGUUGGACUACUGUCUAACUCGUAUCUUCCUUGGGCGCCCAUUUUUGUUCAGCAGCUUGAGGGGGGUCAACCUGACCACGUUGCUUGGACCAAACUAUAAGAUGCCUUCGGGUGUCUCCAAAAACCGUACAAUCCUGGUCACUGAUUGUGUGGAAGCGGCUUUGGAGAUUAUCGACCUCUGCCGUCUCCUCCGUGACGAGAGUGGUCUCGCGCGUGCGUCUUUCACAGAGUUCAGCUCCUGUCGUGCGGCUCUUCUUGUCAUCCUGGCGCAGAGCUUAACCAAGCGAACGGAGCGACUUCGGGAGGCGCUGGAGAAAGGCAUGGCGUUGAUCCGGAUCAUGUCGAUGGGCGUCGGCUCUGCCCGGUCUGCCGUUAGCGUGAUAGAGGCUCUUGAGAGGGCCAUUCGUCGCUUAGAGGAAUGGAGCGAACGACAGGCUCCUGGCAGCACCGGGGCUGUCGAGUCCGCAUAUGACCGCUUCAAGAACUGGGAGAUGCUUUGGAAGACGGGCCCCAUUUCACCCGAAACAGUGCCAUACCAAGAGCCGUUUCCCCCAGGAAGAUCUGGCCUACCACAUGUGCCUAUUACGCCGUUGACUGGUACCUCUGGUGGGAAUGAUCCGAUGGAAGGAGACGUGGCCAAUACGGACCUCGCCGGAUCCUCGGACUUUGCAUCCCAUCCGACGUUAUCUGAAAUGCCGCCUUUCGGAUUCGACCACUUUGUCUCCAACCUCCCGCAAGAACUAGGCGAAUUCAAUGCAAUCCCCUGUUUCGAGUCGGACGUACAGCAAGGUCUUGCCGGCGAUAUGAAGAAUUCCGAUACGAGAUGGAUGCAAUUUAUGAAUGAUUGAUAGUUUUCUUUAGGCACUUCGGUGGCUAUCACGAUCUGUACAGCGAGUGACUUUUGACUUUCAGCAUGGUGGUGUUUUUCUCUUAGCUGGUUUGGAUCUUUUCCAAUACGUGCUUUGCCUGACAUUUCGGGUGCAUUUUGGAUGCAGGAUGAGUGUUUCUUCGAUACCUAUACAGUCUAUUGCCCGAUGCCUUGGGUUCCCAACGCUGUCAUGUAGUUCGCUCGUAGGUAUACAGUUCACAUCAGAGUAGUUUG